AUGAUUAAUUAAGAAAAUGAAAAUGGCACUAAAAUCCAAAUAAAGAGCAACGAAAAUACGAAGAGUUUUGAUUAAAGGAUUGAUGAAAUAGAAAAUAAGCUAAAAUAGCAAUAGGAGUUUUCAAUUUUACUAAUUUAAAUAUUAGAUUAGCAAACUUAAGCUUUAAAUUCAAUUUAGCCAAUUAUAAAAAUAAACAAUUUCAAUCCGAAUCCAAUCAUUUAAGAGAUUAAAGAAAAGUUUAUCAAGGAAAAUGUAGAUUUAAAUUCUAAUUAAUUUGAGAAAUUAUACGAAAAAGUGUAUUGUACUUCAGCUGUGUUGGAGCCAUUGUCUAUAUUAAAUUAAAUCGAAGAUAAGGUAGAUGCAAAAUUAGAAAUAGUUAAAGAAGUAAAAACUAAAUUAACUAGCGCCACUACACGAAUUGAAUAAUAAGCUGCAAAGAUACUUUUACUAGAAUAAAAUACAAGUAAAUUGAGUGCUGAUUUGGAUUAAAAGCCAUCUAAAUAAGAAAUUAAGCACUUAAAUGACUAAAUAAAAAUUAGCUUAACAAACUUUAGUAAUAGCUUGAGUCUGCUAGCUGAUAAAGACAGUGUUAAGUAUUUGUUAGAAAAGAUGCAAACCCUAGAUUAAACAAUGGAAUAAAUUGUAAAUAAGAAAUACUUUUCAGAGCAAUCAGAAAUUAUGCUAAACAAGUCAAAGGAGGAAAUAUUAAAAAUUAUUUCAAAUUAAUACGAAACAAAAGCUUAGUCGUUAGAAUACAGCUAAAAGGCUGAAAAUUUGCACAAAAAAUUUGUUGUCUAGUUUGAAAAAUUUAGAGAGCAAAAUACUUUAAAAAUUGUUAAUAUGGAAUAGCUUAUCAGCGAUACUAGGACUAAAUUGAAUCAAAAAGUUGAUAAAAACGAAUAUGAAGAGUUUAAAUAGUGGUCAGCUUAGUUUGUGCAUUAAACUCAUAUAAAGCAUAUUUACGAGCAUUUAAUCCCUAUCGUUAAAACCAGUAAAAAAGAAACUGAAUAAUGUGUUUAAAAACUAAAGAUUUUUGAAGAUUUUAUGAAUAAAAUCGAUGAAUCUCUCUUAUUUAAAUGCGAAAAAAUGGAGCUUAAAAAAUUAGAGUAAUAAAUGGAAGAAUCUUUUCUACAGAAAUCAGUAUUUGAAAAUGUAUUAAUUUAAAUAAAUUAAGAACACCAAUAAAAUAUGAAAUAAUUUGAAAAAAAAUAUGAAGAAAAUAAUAAAAUAAUAUUCUCCUCAUCUAAAUCCUAGCUAUUUCCACUAAUCAAGGAGGAAAUAAAAGAAUAAAUUUAAAGAUAUGAUAUCAUACAAAACAAAGUUGCUGAUUUAAUUGAUACAGUCAAACUAGAGUUGAUGAAGAAAGCUGAUUAUUCCCAUAUCAUUAGCUUAUAGAAUGAAAAAACUAGUAAAAAAAAUACUGAGGAUAUGUAUAAGGAAAUGAAAAGGAUUAAUCAGAAUCAGCUCACUUUAUCACAUAACUUUUUAAAUUUUAUGAGACAAUUUGUUCCUUGUAUCGAAAACUAGUCGUUAUAAACUAGAAAAAAGGAAAUAUUAAAUGCUAUAGAAAAUGUAUCUUGUUUAUUUGAAAAAAUGCACAACUAAAAUAUGAUGCUGAAUCCUGCCAUGAAUGCUACUUUUAGCAACUUUAAUAACUUUAAUAAUUCAAAUAGCAGAAGCAUGAGUCCGUAUGAAAAGACUACAUUGGCAAAAGAAAUUAUAAAAAAUAAUAUAAAUUUUUUAACUGAAGAAGAGAAUUACAGUAUAGAAAGAAAAGCUUCAAAAUAAUUUAACGCAUUCAAUUAAUCGUAAUUUCAAGCAGAUGGAUCUGUAAUGAAGGAAAACUAUUAAACAUAAACAAGCAAUUAUGCAACAGUCAGCUCUCAUACUGGAAGACCUAAAACUACAGCUUCAGUUCCUUAUAAUUCAAGACCUGCAACUCCAUCUGGAAUAGGAAAUAUAUAUAAAAGAAGCUCUUCUAAGGGAAGACCACUCAAACCUCUUAUAUAGAUUUAAUAACAAAAUUAAAUUACUUGCUUAAAUACGUUAAGCAGCGAUUACAUAGCUCAAAAAGAAAUUAAGCAAGAAAUUAUAGAAGAGCAAACUUAGCAGCUAUAGUUCUAUAUAAAAAACUAUAGAACCAAAAGAGAUAAAUCAUAUACAAACGAAAGCUAAAAAAGGAGCUAAAGUAAUGCAGCUGAAUUCUAAAAUACAAAAAAAAAUUCUCAUAGCUAAGAGUUCAAAGAAUAAUAUCCAUAAAGGCAAAGUAAAAAAUCUCCAAAUAAAGCAGAUUUGUAGAAUUCCUUGACUUAAAUGCCUAAAAAAUAGAAUUCAACAUCUUAAUAAAAUUUUUCUGAAAAUGAAAUAAAUUUUCUAAACGAUGAAGACUUUAAAGUGAAGAAGUAAAAUUGUAUUGAGAUAUUUUAGAAUGAUUCUUAGAGAUAAAUAAAAACAAGCUUUUGA